AUGUCUUUCGACAAGAAGUACUACCUCCUCCCCGAGCAGCUCGAGUCGUUCGAGAAGAACGGUUACCUCAUGCUCCCAGACGUCCUGUCCGAGUACGAGGUCAAGGAGAUGCAGCAGUGGUCGGCCGAGGUCAAGGGAUGGCCUGACCGUCCCGGCCAGCACAUGCCGUACGAGGAGGUCCGCGCCGAUGGCACUACCGGUCUCUGCCGCACAGAGAACUACGCCAACUACCACGACGGCUUCAACUCAAUGUUCCGCGGCGAGCGCCUGAUCGGCAUUCUCACCGAGCUGAUGGGCGAGCGCGCCGUCCUCUUCAAGGAGAAGAUCAACUACAAGGAGGCCGGAGGCUCCGGGGGCUUUGAUGCACACAUUGACGCCUCGGCCUACAACCACGCCGGCGCGUGCAACCACCAGACGUUCCUCAUGGCUGUCAACGACAUGGACAUGAACAACGGCUGCCUCGAGGUCGUUCCCGGCUCGCACAAGGACGAGAUCCCCCUCGGCGCCAACAGGUGUAUCGACCCCGAGUGGGAAGCAAAGCACACAUGGGUGCCGGUUCCGAUGCCUGCCGGCGCGCUCCUCGUCUUCGGCUCAUACCUCGCCCACCGCUCUGGGCCCAACUCGUCGCCGCGGCCCCGCGCAGCAAUCUACGCGACGUACAACGGCGUCUCGGAGGGCGACAAGCACGACAGCUACUACGUGCACCGCCGCAAGGCAUGGCCCCCAACUUCGGAGCGGAUUGCUGGCGUCGACUACACCGAAGGCGCAUUGACGUACGCUUUCGGCUCGCCAAUGUCGGGCGGCAAGGACAUGAUCGACACCAAGCUUGCCAAGGACCAGGCGACCGUGACCAAGCUCUUCAACAUGAUUACCGCACAGGGAGACGCAGACUAUAUCGGCGAGAACAUUAGCCAGCUCGAGCACUGCCUCCAGGCGGCCGCACAGGCUGCUCAAGAAGGUGCGGACGAGGAGACAAUCGUCGCAGCGCUCCUGCACGAUGUCGGACAGUUUGUGCCCCACUCGGAGGCCAAGGACAUGAUGCACCACGGCGGAAGUCUUGGCAAGAUGAGCCACGAAGCCGUCGGCGAGCAGUAUCUCCGUGACGAGGGAUUUACCGAGAAAGUGUGUGUGCUGGUCGGCGCACAUGUCGUUGCCAAGCGCUACCUCACCGCCACAAGGCCCGAGUACCUCGCCGCACUGAGCAGUGCAUCCCAGGCCAGCUUGCGGUACCAAGGCGGACCAUUCUCCUCUGAACAAGUCAAGGAGUUUGAGGCCGACCCGCUACACCGGCAGAAGGUCCAGCUUCGACUGUGGGACGACCGUGCUAAGCGCGACGACUGGAACGCCCCGGGCAUCGAGACGUAUCGACCCAUGAUUCUGCGUGUGCUCGAGAAGGCGAGGUAG